GUUCAACUGUGUUACUGUCAGGUUGACAUACCAAUAUACCAGAAACCUUUAUAUUUGAUUCUGUCAACCUGCAUCACUGCUCCAAAUAAAAAUGGCUCUGCCAAUAAAAUGAUAGUAAUG